AUGGUUACAACAUCAAUUAAUUCUUCUUCCUUUCCUUCAUUUACCCAUCCUUUUUGUAUAUCUGCCAAAAAAGUAUUUUCAUCUUCCUCUACAAAAGAUUAUCUUCCUUUACCCUAUGCUUAUACAGACAAAGGCCCAGUUGAAGGAAAAUUACAUCAAAUGAAAGAUGGGAGAUAUGUUAAUGUAUUUUUGGGUAUUCCUUUUGCAAAGCCACCUAUUGGACAACUUCGAUUUAAAAAGCCAGAAGAACCAGAGCCUUGGGGCCCUCUCGCAUUACCAACACGUAAAUACAAAUCUAGACCGAUUCAAAAAGAUUUUAUUUGGGACAGAAUAGAAUUGGGAGGGGUUGGAAAGUCGGAGGAUUGUCUUUACUUAAAUGUUUUUACACCUUCUUGGAAUAAACCUGCAGAGUUUGGGAAUGGAUGGCCUGUUAUGGUCUAUAUCCAUGGUGGUGGAUUUAUUAUAGAUUCAGCAGUCAAAUACCACUACUCUCUCGUCUCACGGGCUCUGGUACGUCACGGCGUAAUUGUAGUAACACUCCAAUACCGCCUCGGACUUCUCGGAUUUCUCUGUACAGGCAACGACGGAGUCUGCCCCGGCAAUAUGGGGUUGUGGGAUCAAUUAUAUGCCCUUCAAUGGGUUAAUAAAAAUAUUUCUUCAUUUGGCGGAGAUCCAAAUAAAAUAACACUUUUUGGACAUUCUGCUGGAGCGGCAGCAAUUGAUCUAUUGAGUUUAUGUCCAAAAAGUAGAAAUCUUUUUUCUCAAAUGAUAAUAAUUGGAGGAAGUACAGAAACUACUUGGGGAGUUACUUCUAAAGAUGUUAUUGCUGAAUAUACGCGUAAAAGAGCUAAAGAUUUUGGUUUUGUUGAUGCUGAUAGUGAGGGAGGGAAAGAAUGGAAUGAGGAAAAAAGUAAAAAAAUGAUGAAAUUUUUGAGAUCUUUGCCAGCUGAGAAAUUUGGUUGGUAAAUAAAAAUUAUAUUAUACCGUUGGGAAUACAUACUUGAUCCAAUAGAGAAAUAAUUUCUUGGAGAAGGGAAUGAAGAGGGGGCAAGUGGAAAGAAGGACCUCCCUUCCCUUUAACACCCACGGGUACUGAACCGUCUUAAUCGUCGUCCCUUGAUUGAAUUCUAUGAGAAAGCAUA